AUGGGCAUACAGUUCUCGCGUUCAUCCACGGGGCCUACAGCCCGUGGAAUCCCCGCACAUUCUGCCUGCGCAAAGGGAGGGCCACUACAAAGUCGACUACUGUUUCCUGCUCCCAGCAGCUCGUCUGUAAAUGAACAGUAUUACGGCUCGACUGAGAGCGUUACCGUGGGCCCGCGAGAAAGGGGCACGGCGAGUAGUGCCGGUGCCCUCAAAGCAGUGCUGCUGCCGCCAUUAGUACUGGAUGAUGGGUCUUUUUCUGCGUCGUGCCUCCAACCUGCUUCUAUUACUGGCAGCCUGGAGUCAGAUGUAUGGAAGGAUUCCACACGUGGACUAUACCAGAGGCGUCAGCGAGUGACGCACUCCCUGCCAGACCGCAUCGAUGCAGAAGACAGCCAAGGGCGCAGUUCGCUGGAGCUUGCGGGCUCGUCGAUCGCCCUCAUCCAACGCCGUCCACGCCUUGCUGAGCUACGGAGAUGCCACACAGAUGGUUCAUACUCGUUACAGCAAAGCAACCGAGUGUCGCCAAAGGACACACCGAAGACAAGCAGUCGCAACAAAUUGGACGGGCAGGCUAGAAGGAUGUUCUUUGAUUUCUAUCGGAGAAAUAUCAAAGAGCUGCGACGUCAAGAAACAGUACCCGAAGCCACAUCAAGCAUUUCAGCUCGCUCAGCUGCAAGUUGCCCAGUGUUCGCAUCGGGUGCGUCUUUCGAGACAGUGCAGCAGAAGUCGGUACGAGGAAAACCACAUGAGAGUGCAGGCGUACGGCUAGAGGCCGAGGUGGAGGCGGUCGAAGCACUUGAUGUAUUCAGCCCUGAUGAGAGGAACACGCGUAUAGAUGAGUUUCUCACACUUGUCCAGACAAUCCAGGCUGAGUAUCAGGUAGAACGGCGCCGGAUACGUGCUGUCCGAGGCCUACAUCGAGCAUUUACAUUCAGUGUAGCCGUAAGGGCUCACCAACGAUGA